GAACAGCUUUGUAAAUUUGCAAUUUAAUUGCAAAUUAUGAGUAAGUUCUCCUUACGGUCUUUGUCUUUAGUUGAUAGAUAGGUUUUGUAAUCCUUCUUGGCCAUGGCUGAUGAUAUAGAUGACCUAUUAGACGAAUGUGAAACGAAGUUUUGCGGGAAUUCAAAAUCUUCAUCACAGAAUCAUCCGAACAAAACAAACUCAAGAUCGUCAAAGAAGGCGACACGAAACGAGAAAAUUGGAACGAAAAGGUUUGUCGUUUUUUUCAAUAGAACUCGUAUACUUAAGCCAUAUCUGUUACGUUUACUUAUUUAUAAGGGCACCUCUGCAAUUCUUGUGGUCUUUUUAGUUCACAGACCAAAAAUGUUGAACGCGAUGAGCUCAACGACAUGAUCAACGAGUGCAUGGACGAUGGACCAGAAAUUCCGGAAGUUCAUGAGAAGGUAGAAGCAUAUGUUACGUGUAGUUUACUGUAGCCAACUUUUUAAAGGUAAAGAUAAUAUUCCUCUGAAAGAAAUAUAAAGAAUGUUUCCACACGUGUACACGAAACUUUUGUUUCAAAAUUAUAUAAAAAUACAUUCUUAACAUUGGUUGCCAAGGCGCCAACAGUUACAUUAACAAGACGCCUAAAGUCGUUUCCGUGGGAUGCGUUGGUCUAUGGAAGCAUAAUGGCGUUCGAUCUGAAUUUUGGAAAAAUUAGGGAAACCGGAAAGAUGUGUCAUGUUAUGAGCAUCGAUGAGUAGGUUACCUGUAUGGGUUGGUUUAAUGUGCUUAUGACUCAAUUUAUAGUAGCCUGUGUGGCAGGCUACUAUUUCUCCCCAAUCCACAUCCCCUUUUUGCUUCCUCCCUAUCCCCUACCCCUUUCGACACCUGCUGCGCAAGCUAAAUUUAUAGUUGUCACUGGUCGCAAGGAUGGAGUUGAUCUUGUUUUGAUCUAUUGCCAUGUAGUUAUUUUCAUAGAACGAUUUGGAUAAGAAUAAGAAGUUAUUUUGCAUCAAAACAAGGUUUACCCGUGUAACUUAAAUUGGAAUGUUAACGGAAACAAGUAAUGGAGAACAUGCGCAUAAUGCUCUCUGAUUAACCUGAACAGGAACUAUAUGUAUAAAGAUACGUCAUAUCUUGGUAGUAAGUAGCCACAGGUAACUUUUUCAAAGAGAAAUAAACAUUGCAGUUUUAGGUUAAUGGAACAAAACAAAACAAAACAUCCGCUUGCUUUAUCCAGGGUCGAACCCAGGGUUACAAAGUUCGAUAAAGUUUCAAUGUUUUAAUCCAAGAUGAAAGUUUAAUAUUCCAAGAUGCUCUUGAUAUGGUUAAAAAUUAAUUGCAAUGUGUUUCCAAGGUGUCAAAGUUAACAUAGUUCCAAUGAUUAUCCCCGAUUCCAAGGUAUAAUAAGUUUACUAAGGUCCUGAUCCGUGUCCCAUCCAGAAGUCCAAUCCAUGCUGAAAGCGAGUCGUCGAUCAAUGAGGACAAUAUUUUCGCGAUUUCACCGCCAAUCGUCAAGGGUACAAGUUGAAAUUUAAGCGAUUUAACCUCCCAUCGUCAAGGUGUUUUCGAUAAGAAAAGAAAAUAACUGAACUCUAGCUGUGCUCGGCAAAAACUGGCGAACUCCGAAUAGAAAAAUCUAUCGGAAAUCACGGCCCAUAACCAGACGCUACUAAAACCUUAUGAAAAAGCUAAACCUAAACAAAAAAGAAUCAUGAAGGAAAGAAAUAAUUUGGCUUAGGUCGCCUUUAGUGACUUGCCAGUAUCCCGAAGGAUUUCGCUGGUGAACAAGCCAUCCUAAACCACGAGUGGGAAAACUCAAGCACGACAAAUUUGACAAGAAACGUUCUGAUUUCAACGUUCUUCAGAGGAAGCAAAUCGAUUAAAAAUCAAUACAGAUUUUGUACAAUCUGAUUGGUCGGCUCGGAAAAAGAGAUAAUCGAUAAAGAUUUUAGGCGACCCUAUUGGCUGGCUUUGCAAUUUUGGGUACAACCGAACCAGAUUUUAACUGUGAGAGUGCCACAGGUGUCCCACGGAAAAAAUACAGAAUUGUAAAUUAGUUUACUAAGCUACGAGGUAGUUAUCCCGGUUGUUUUUUUUGCUGGGUGGGGAGAAUUAUUUUUACAGUGGAAGCCCUUGAGAUUACCAAAUUACUGCUCCCCCCCUCCGGCCCCAUCACAACCCCUAAAUCAAAGCAAACUGUGAAAAAGAGUCCUAGGUGACGUGCAAUAGUGCUAGAUUCUCCUCCCAAAAUUGCCAAAUAUUUGUCUGUGAAAUGAAAGGAGAAUUUGGCAUUGUAUCAAGAAUCACUAAGGGCCUUAUUCUUAAUCAUAUUUAUUUAUAAUUUGGAAGAAUCAUCCACCCUUCUCUCUCAACUGCUACCUGAGCACCUAUCAAACAUAUCAAACACACUCUCCUAAGCUCUGAUUACUCCUAGUUAUGUAAUUAAGAAUUUAUUAUUAUCGCAGACUGAUGUGGUUGGUGGGCUCAUUCCUCCCCAUAGGUCUCUUUGUCCCUGCAAGCUUACUGCGCUCUUCACAAACAUGCGAAUUCUGAAGUUCAAAAGCCAAAUGACGAUUGCAUUUUUUGCAGCCGUCAAUCAUCUUAACGGACCUCUUAGAAAACAAAACUUUACUUUGAUGGGUUGUAACAAUUAACAACAAUAUACCUUUUUAUGUAACAAUUAAUGAAUGAGGCUGAGUAUCUUAUGAAGAAUUAUGGAGAUCAAGGAGGGUAUUAUCCAUCAUGGCCGUAGGCCGAGGCGGAUAACACCCUCCAAGAUCUCCAUAAUUCUUCAUAUGAUACGAAAGCUGAAUUCAAUAAUUAUUGUUUUAUUAUUCAUUCAAAAUAAUUCCUAGUCUAAAAACAUAGUUAAAACAUGCUUACCUCCAUCGAUCAGAUCGAUGUUAAGUUCAUCUUCGAUAGUGCACGUUUAGGGUUGUUCAGCUCCGCAAAUACUCUCCAAAUAGCAGAUAUCGCCCUUCGAGUUGUCUUCUUGCUGUUCUUGUCAUGUUUUUAGCCAUUAUAUCGCUUAGUUCCAGCGGUAGUUCUUACUCUUGAAACGAGUGAAGUGUCCACCAUUUUAGUUUUCAGAAUGAAAACAACUCAACCUCAUCCUCAGGUCUUCUCGGUUAACAGUGCAUUAAUCUGUAGAAGGCUGCAUUUUUGACGUCAUAUCCUCGUGAAACACAAAAUUCUUCCAAAUUUGGUCAUCAGUAAGUGGUUAUGGUGAAUUAUGAAUAAUGAAGGAAAUUAAGGCUUCAUGAAAUUAACAUUUGUGUUAACUCAAGUCCUGUUAAUUUCUGUAAAUGUUAAUUUCCCCGCCAUUAAUUUUAUUAAACGGAGCGUUUAUUUCCGCAACCUUAAUUUCCAUUAUUUUGGCUCCGAAUUCUCAAUAUACUUUUGACAUUCUUGACACCUAAGAAAGAGGACUAUUUUAUCAGGAUGGAGAUCUGCCAGUAUCAGUGAAACUGUCAAACCCUUGAAAUGGCCAGAUUUCUUCGCUUGUCCCCCUUCAAAUGUUUAGGGAAACUUCCACUAACAAAGUUUCCAUUUUGGGUUAUACGUUUACUUUUAUUUCUUUGUCUCAACAAGUCUUGUUUCUUUGUGAAUGCCCCAUUAAUUUCCUUCAUUUUAAAAUGUUACCCUCUCUUUCUUGUUAGUUUUCUUUAUUUCAAAGUCAUUUUUCAUUAUGUUGCAUUAAUUUAAGUUGCUUUAAUUUCCAAAUUAUCUUAAUUUCAAGGAACAGUAGUUUCCUGUAACAAGAUAUUUGGAAGAAUUUGCUUGAAACCUGACUCGGGGGGGGAGGGGGAGAGUUUGAUGGAUCAAAGCCUUUUGGGGGUCUAAAUUUAUCCUGGAGGUUAUAGUUAGCUGCAGGAAAUUUACUCUUGUGUUGUCUUUCUUACUGUUUUUCUUGUCUCUGUAACAGCUGUGUUGAAUUUUCAUACAAGGGGAACUUCCCGUAGCUGUAUGGGUGAGGAGUCAAGAGGGGCACUGCUCCCCCUAUCUCCAAUUUCCGAAAACUGUGAUACUUUUUAGGAGCAACUGAAUUUGAUAAUGGUAAAUCUCUUGGGAGAAAAUUUAAUAAAUUAACGUUCAGAAAUAAACUAAAAAUUAUCACAGGCGGGGCACAUCAGCCAGCAACAAUUUUUAAUGGAAUUGUUUUACCCUAACACAUGAUUUUCCAUUUUGUUCUCCAGCAUUUGACACAGAUUUCCUCUUCAAGCCAAAAAGAUUCAAGUUCAUCAAGGAAGAAAUGUGUUAAGGUUUUUCUUGGAGGCUCCAAGUUUGCAAAGGGACUCUCCACUGGCUCAGAAGAGAGGUGCUUAUUUGUGAUUCAAGUUUUUAAGUGUUAUUAGUAUUAUAAACAAUUAUUAGAGGUGUAUUAUCUUGUCGUGGAAGUAUAAAACCACACCUUCCUACAAAUGAAGCCCAAAAAAAUGUGCAUUUUUGUGGCCUGGAAGUUUAACGUGGCAUUUUUUGUGACCAAGCAAAGUAGUCAUUAAAUUGUUGACGUUAUAAUUAUUAUACCAGCAUUUUAGCUUUUGGUACCAAAAGAGUUACCACUUUUUAGUUGAGAAAUGCAUAAACUGGCAAACUGAAGGUUUGAAAUUUUCACCAUUCAAAAUACUGAAGGCCUUGACAGCCUUGGCCAAAAAAGAAUGCAGGGUGCAAAGAAAGUCAGUUUUACAGCCUGCCAUUCAGGCAAGCUGUAGCUAGCAUGUUCUAGCCCACAAGUCAUUUUAACCAUCCCCAAAACCCUUUUUGAUUAGCCUGAUUAGCAGGAUUGAUUACAAUCCUUCUGUAUUUUGAAUUUCCAAAAAAAAAAACGGCACUUGCCCAUCGGGCAAGUUAAGAACAAAAAUCACUAGCCCGAUAGCAAAAUCCACUAGCCCCGGGCUAUCGGACACGACUCUCUUUGCACGCUGGAAUGAAUAUUCCAAUGCCAUGAUAUUGAAGCCUUUUUUAAAAAUUGAUCAGAAUAAGGGUUAGCAGAAAAAGGGAGUUGGUGCUUUUUAUUAGUAACUUUUCAUAAAUUCAGUGCUACUUGUUAAUUCUCGUUCUGAAUUGCCUUUCAUGUUCCUGUGAACUUACUGGAGAAUUUAAUUGUACAUCAAUGCAGUUAAGAAGCCUGCUGAAAAGUUGAUACUGGGUCUUUUCGUAUUUAGAGCAUUAUUUAAAUUUGUCUAAGUUGUCUUCUUUUUUGUUCCUAGAGUGUGCGACAAGCUACGUUGUACAUCGUGCGACUUCAAUGUGGUCAUCCUUAAUGACUAUGAAUGGCAUGAAGACUGUGAUUAUUUAUUCUUUAGAAACAAUAUACCAGACUUUGAUAAACUUAAAAGCAAGCUUUCAAGGAAACGAGGUAAUUGAUAACAUAAAAUCUUCCAUCCUGUUGCUCUCAAUCACAACAAUAUAAAGUCGAACCUCCCGUAAGCCACCACCCAAAAUGCAAAGACGGAAUGGUCACUCACAGGAGAUGGUCGCUUACCAGAAUCUAACCACAGGGGGUCUCUUCAUUUUGUGGGGAGACCACCAGUGGUGUCUCAGGAGUUAAGAUUUCCCCUCUGUUCCAUUAUUUUCUUGCGAUCAAGUAUAAAAACCCAACUACCAGUUGCUAAUGAUAUAUUCAGCUUUCUCACGGUAGAAGCUCACUGUGAUUUGAUUUUGUAGGUUGUUGCGCCUAUGCCUGCCAGUGUUCAUGGAGAUCCAUUGUACAACUCACUGAGCUUUGGUCUGGCGAUCCACACCUUAAAUGGGUUUGUGGAAAGCACAGCUGACAAAGCAAAUGGGCCUUAGUUUUUAGUGUAUUGGUAAUAAAGAAUACAAAUUAAUAUAGGCCAGGACAAUGAAGGGAAUAGACUUGAUUGAAGUCUGUAAAUGGCAUUAUUUAAGUUUUUUGGAGAGAUUGCAGGUAGUUGUCAUGUAAAUAAAUAAAUAUUUCAGACUCUUUGAAAGAAAGGAAAUAACCUUGUUCUGAAACACGUUUUUUCUGACCAAGUGCAAUGCUUUAACCUUGUAUAACUUGUAAAAAUAUUAUGAAC